UGGUUAUGUUACUUGAUUGUUAAAGAUCAAGAAAACCAAAAUAUAUAAAAGUUUUAUAAAGUAAAAAUAUAAGAUUUGAUAAAUUGAAAUCCGGUAAUUAAUUAAAUUAAUAAUGAGUUCAUCAUCCUGGUUUCUUUCGCGCAGUGGCCGUAAAUUUGCAACCGGUGCUGCGGUAGUUGUAUCAUGUGGAUUAUUUUCUGCACAAUUUUUUCCACAUACUAUUUUUUUAGAAAAUUAUUAUAAAUUAGUAGCAAUGCGUAGAUUAGAUGAUCCAAUGCCUCUGACAUCGCACCUUGAGAAGCUUUGGAACCAAGUACUAGACGAUUUGAAUGUCAGCGCGUUCCACAGAACAAUUUUGCGCCCAUUCAUGGUCUUCGGAUACGAGCCCUGGCAUGCUGGGAGUCAAAGAUCUAGAUUCGGAGCAAUGAUCGGUAUACCAACGAAUUUUGUAUACGACAAAGUAUCAUCAAUAGACAAGGAUGCCAUCGUUGUCAACAAUGAGCCAGUAGACUGGUUCCGUCCCGACGCAAAGCAACUCCUUGACUCCUUGAUCCUAUCAGAUGACGCCAAGAAGUACGCGAUCGGCCGGGAAAUAAUCAUGACCGACAAUAAAUUUAUUUACACUGAAUCGAUAGCACUCGCUGCAAUAUCAGCGGCUUAUUACGCGACGACAUUCAAGAUCAAUGAGACACUAGGCAUGCUAAAGAGAUCUCGAUUCCGAAGAUUUGUUGUGUACUCUAUCGUGGGCGCUUUCUACUGGGGCCUCUGGGCCAUGCAAAGAGACGCGCUGACGCGACACUUCGAGUACACUUCUGAUAAAAAACUUUCUGAAAUAAACGAAAAUUACGUGAAAGGUGGACUGGAAUUCUACAACAAAACUUUGCAGCGUAACAUGGCGCUGAGAAGUUUACUCGGUGACAAAGGUAAUAAAGUUUACACUCUCAAGGGCAAUGAAAACUCAUUUUUCCGAGAGAAACAUUUACCUAACACUCAGAGAAAAUAUUUCUUUGAAGAUAUUUGUAAAAAAUUCGAAUCACAUGUUGAUAAUCUUUAGAUUUAU